AUGGCGCUCACGCUCACGCUGACGAGCGCGUCGCUGGUGCUGCUCGACCAGCGGGAGGGCGACGCGCUGCUGCAGCUCGGGCCCCUCGUGUCCUCGUUCCUCGGGCCGUCGCCCCACCUCUCGCUGAGCGAGGCGUGCGCGCUCUCCUCCACGUCACUCCUCGACUGGAUGUGGAGCCGCAGCUGCACGUCCGUCGGAGGUAGAAGGGCCGGCUGGAGGCUCUCCAACUACCUCCGAUCGGGGCCGCUCUACCACCGCUGGCAGUUCUGUGUCUUGAGUGGGAACGGUGGUCACCGUCUCGGGUACGGUCGUGACCGUCCUCCGGCUGUCCGUCAAUCGGCACGUGGACUACUACUCGAGGAUCAGCUGUUCGAGGAUGAGCUGACUGAACAGUCAUUGAACUUUAGCGAGGAUUAG